AUGUUUGCCCAGGAAUACCGAAUACCCGACCACUGCGAACACCAGAAGAGGAUUCACUCAGAGAUCGAUUCUGUGGUCGGAAGAGAUCGGAGUCCCUGUUAUGCCGACAGACUUCAUAUGCCGUUCACUCAGGCGUUCAUUAAUGAAGUGAUGAGAUAUAAGACUACAAUACCAUUGAAUCCUUGGAGAAGAGCAUUAGAGGACACAACAGUUUUGGGUCAUUUCAUACCAAAAGAUACUACAGUUAUGGCCAAUAUAUGGGCCGUUCAUAACGACCCCAAAGUAUGGCAUAAACCGCAAGACUUUAAUCCAAAUCGAUUCCUCACAAGUGAUGGCAAAGAAUUGCUUAAAAUCGAUGCCUUCAUACCAUUUUCAAUGGGUAAACGUAAUUGUGUUGGGGAGUCAUUGGCACGAAUGGAUGUAUUCCUGUAUUUCGUAUCACUUCUCCAGAAAUACACAAUAAGUGCAGCAAAUGAUGAGAUGUUGACUCUGGAGGAAGAUUUUGGAUUAGCAUUAGAACCCAAACACAAACUUAUAUUUAAGUUUCAAAAG